CCGCAAGGUCAUUAACCUUCACCAGGGCCGGCAGACAGGCACCGAAUCGUCACCCAACCUCUUACCUCUGGAGUCCUCUUAUACUGAUCGAGUACCGGUAUCUUCGAGCGUGAAUACCAGCAUGCGAAGUUGUUAAAUGCCUAGGGUAUGGUCAAGCAGGACGCAAUAAUCAUGAUCACGAACACUUGAGAUCAGGUCUAGCCGAGCGAGCACCAUCUCUAGCUCAACACUGAGCAUCCGUAAACCCGCUAUUCCGAAGGCAGUACGGUCGAGAUCCAUACCAACGACCACCAUGUCGCGCCUAUUCCCAAAAUUGACCGCGAGUGGCCUGCAAGCCACGACAUAUCUGCUCGGCAUCGCGUUGUUCAGCAUAUCCUUCCUGGUGUUCCUCAAUAGCAGCAUCUCGUUUGUGGUGACGGAAGUCAUUGGUCAGAAAGAGAAGGUUGGAGAUGCAGUGGGGACACUUGGCUUCGCAGACGAACUGCUAGCCCUGGUGGCAUGUCCCUUAUGGGGUAUGUUGUCGGAUCGAAUAGGCGUCAGGGCUGUCGCAGUCACCGGCUAUUGCAUUGUCGCGUUUAGUUUGGUAUGCCUAGUACAGAGCACGAAUGUGUACCCGGAGCUCCUGUUAGGACGGCUGUUGUUCAGCUUAGGUGGCGCUGCUUGCUCGACAAUGGUCACAGCGGUACUACCCAGCAUGGUUGCAGAACCACAUGUGCACGAGGAUGAUGAGACUCCAGCACCAAACGGCAAUGUGGCUAGACUGCGCCAAGAAGAACGGGGUCGGAAUGGCAGCAUAGGUCAUGCGCCAUCUCCAAGCAUCAACAGCGAAUUGACCAUUACGCCAGCAAGUUUUGCGUCUGAUACCCAGCGCCAGGAUGCACAAAUCAAAGGAUCUGGAGAAGAUGAUGCGUUCGAGACCGACCGGACAGCAGGUACCUCCGAGCUAGCUGGACUGGUCGGAUUUUUCACUGGUGCAGGUGCACUCCUGGCUCUGGCGAUACUUCUACCUUUACCUGCCUACCUUCAACACGAUGGCUUCAGUCAAGCAAGCAGCGUUCAGGUCAGCUUCUACAUUGUAGCUGGGAUCGCUGUGCUCGUUGCUAUAUUCAUAUUUAUUGGACUCCGCAAUCUGCCUGGUGAGGAGAAGAAGAGUUUGUCAUCUCUCCUCAGACCGCCAUAUGACGAGACCACGACGAUAGGGCCAGAAGGACAUCCUCACACGGUCCUCUCUCCGGCGCCUUCCUAUAUUGCCCUUGCAAAGGAGUCUUUGAGGCUUGGAUUCACCGAUCCUGCGAUCGGGCUCGGCUAUCUUGGAGGUUUCGUUGCACGCGCAUCAUCUGUCGGCAUCUCGCUCUUCAUCCCCUUGUUUGUGAAUGCCUACUUCGUCCGCAACGGACUAUGCACAUCGAAUCCGGACAACAUCUCUGACAUCAAACGGGAAUGCGAACGCGCAUAUAAGCUCGCUGCGGCUCUCACUGGGAUCGGCGAGACUGCAGCUUUGAUUUGUGCGCCGAUCUUUGGAUACGUGGGCGGUCGAGCGGCAAGAAACAAAUGGUCAGAAUGGCCACUUCUGGUCGCGUCCAUUGUCGGUAUCGCUGGAUAUGUCAGCUUUGGUGUGCUCAAAAAUCCAGAUGCAUUUCACGGAGGUGGAGGACAAUGGGCGUUUCUAUCUGUCAUCUUCAUCGGUAUCAGCCAGAUCGGAGCUAUCGUUUGCUCACUCGGCCUGUUAGGCCGCGGUAUAAACGGGAACACACAGAUUGCCCAAACAGGCGCGCAUGGAAGGUCGCACGUAGUCGCACCAUCAGAAAUUGGAGCUGCAAACGGAGACGAGAGCGCGGCACUGCUACCUAAUGCUCCAACCGCAAAGUCAGCUGCAUCUAUCGAUCGAAAGCGACUAAAAGGAUCCAUCGCUGGCAUGUACAGCUUCAUCGGCGGAGCUGGCAUCCUGAUCCUGACCAAAUUGGGAGGCGCUCUGUUCGACACAUGGACUCCUGGCGCACCAUUUUUCAUUAUGGCAAUCUUUAAUGCGAUGCUACUUGCGGCGAUUAUACUUGUUGGGGCCCGGGUGGAAGCGCAGUACUAGGGAAGCACAGGGUAGAGGGGUCUUCAUUGCCGCCUCGAAGCAUAGAAUAGUCGUAUAAAAGAAGAAAAUGUCAAGUCUGCGCGACUCUG